GCCAUUACGAUGGAAACGUCAAAAAGUUUUUGUUUAGAGAAGGCCGAGAAAGUUUUGUAUACAAAUAGUAUAUAAAUCUACUCGUAUUCAAUAAAUUACAAUUAAAGUUCAUUGAAUUGUAAUUUAUUAAAAGUAGAGUUUUAUUUAUAUAAUCUCUAGCAUCGAUAAAAAUUAUAUACAAUUAUGGAAAUAAACCCAUUAAGUAUAAUUCUUGUAAAAAGCGAUAGUAAAGGCGACAGACUUUUGUUCCGAUAUCCGCAUACAACAAAACACACACGAGAUUCUAAUCAAUAUACUAAAAAGAGAAAUCCAUAUUCACUCACUAUUACAGAAGAUCUAUUACAGUCUUUACCUUUUCCAACUUCUAAUAUAAGCAAUGGAAACUUAACCGGAGUAAAUGAUGAAGUAUUAUCAACUUUAUUCGCUGUUAAACCAGAAUUAUGCGAACAAAAGUUUGAGCUAAAAGUAAAUGAUGUACGUUUUGUUGGGCAUCCAACUUUAGUUCCAUCACAUGGAUUAAAAGAAGUUAAUUCUUCUAUGCUUUUCAAUAUAGUCUUUGCCCUUCAAGCGCAAGCAAGUCAUUCUAUUGUAAAAUGUUAUUAUGAUUUAAGCACAAGACUUGGAAUAGCUUUAAGGCACGAAGAAAGGAGGUGCGGAUUUUUAACAGAAGAAAUUAAAAUUAUGGUUUCUACUCAUGAUGAAAUUGCUACUAGAUCAGAAGGUGAAAGCGAUUGUGACGAAUCACCGUACGAAUUAAUAUUACAAAGAAGUUCACUUGCACGUGACUUAAAGUCCGUAUUUAGUAGUCUUAGUACUUCUGGUAUAAUUAAUAUUAUGAUCAACAAAUGGAUUCAAGUGCGUUUCUGUCUCCCACAAAAAGUUCAUCAAUCCCAUGAAAAGGGAUUCGUCAUUAAUCCAGAAAUAAUAGACAGAUGUUUAAAUAGUUUAAGACCUUAUCAUGGUUUAUUGUUGCUUAUCGAACCGUCAGAUUUAUUGGAUUCGCUUCCAAUAGAUUCUUCACCGGCUCUUAAACGUUUAAUUCAAAUGUACAGUCCUUUGAAAAAUUUACAAACAUUGGCUGCUGAUUCUGAUUUGACGCUUACACAAGUUUUUCAAUUAACUGGUCAUUUAGUAUAUUGGGCCAAAGCUACCAUAAUUUAUCCCCUUUGUGAAAGUAAUGUCUACGUUGUUUCUCCAGAUGCUAUUAUUACCAAUCAGUUGUUAGAAAUAUUUUCCGAAGAAUUUCCAGGAUUCUGCCUUUUACAAGUUCUUAGUGAUUUUUCAUUACCGACAUCCAUAAGUCAAAAAUUAAAUCCUUUGAAUCAAUUACAACAACAAACGCAAUUAGUGAAAAUAAUAAUAUGGUUGUUAAAGAAUCAUUUACUGUUACAAUUACAUACGUAUGUACAAUAUAUGCCAAUGGUGCAUGGGAGGGUGUUGGAUACAAAGGAUGAAAUGAAUCAUAAUGUAAACGAGAUUAUAGAUAGCAGUAACAAUGCAUGGAAUUUAAGUGAAAUUUCGAAAGGGAACACCGUAGAUAUGGCAGAGGAAUUAACAAUGUCUUUCCGUAAAGAAAACGAAAUGUACAAUUAUCAGUCAGAAGAUUAUGAUAUUCCUUCCGACGACAGAAAGUUGCUGGACAGACUCUGUCGUCUCGGUUAUUUUAAUGGAAACCGCCAUUUAGAAGAGAUCAUGUAUUUAGAAAAUAUUCGUAGGUCACAAUUAUUGCAAAUUUUAGAUAAAUUUCGAGAUGUAUUGAUUACAUGUGAAUGCGAAGAUCCUGCUAUAGCUCUUUUUUAUAGUCAGUUUAGUUCUUAAUUUACCUGUGUAAUUAUUACUAAUUAGAGAAGCUAUAAACAUAUAUAAUAAUUAACACUGUUGUAAAAGGUUACAAUUUUAACAAUUACACGGAUUUCUCCUAUUUCUCAUUGCGAGCGUUGAAAAUUUUACCGACAGUUGAUUUUUUACUCGGGAAAGACGUCAAAAAGGUAAAACAGACCAGAAAUUUAGUUCCUCGUUUUUUCUGUAGGGCGCAGUUCAUUCGUUUAGUAUGCUCGGCAGCGCAAUCAUUCGCAGCUCGUGUAUGUAUGUGGUUAAAUUGUGGAUUAGACCCCUGUGGCUCGGGGGGAUUAGAAUACGGCCACGGUAUCCCCUGCCUGUCGUAAGAGGCGACUAAAAGGGGACACACGCACACACACACCCAGACUCAAGCAAAAUAUUGUAAAAGUAUGGCAAGUGUAUGAAACAACGUAAAAUGCAAAAGGAAAUGAGAUUUGAAAAAAGGCCGAGAAUGUUCAUUGGGCAAAAAGGGACAGUAAAAGUUCCCAAAGUACGCCGCCCGGAGGAAACGGGAUGUAAAAAUGCAUCUUUUUUUUCCGAACCGGAGAAAAUUGAAGUAAAGUAAAUUGUGGAUUAGGUAUGAAAAAUACAAGAAACAGAAGACAAAGUUGUAGAGAAGACCGGAGUCAUGACGUCUGACAUCAUUUUCAUAUUGUCUUCAGAAAUGCUUUCAAAGCAAUUCGAAGUUUCUACCGAUGCCUGUGAUUGGUCCUUUCAUUAUGGCGUCCUCCCAUUUCGACCAAUCAGAUUCAUCGUUAAAGGGUGCGUUGCGCGGAGCGUGGCGGAGUACAACAGUCCUCUUCGAAGCUUCGUCCGUUUGGCACGUGUCUGCAACAGGGAGGGAAUCGACCUUCGUCGGCGCGGAUCGAGGAGCCGUAGCGACGAGUGCUUCGCGACCUUAGACAAUGCGACCUGAACACGAAACAUCCGCGAACCGUGACCACUUCUGCCAGCGAAACCGAGGGCAACAAAGAAGAGACGAGUGUUUUGUACGUUUCGUUUAAUCGAUUUUCGACGAUAUUGGGCGUAAUCCGGCGGCAGCGGGGGACGAGGAGUCACGUGAGAGGCAGAAUAAAUAGAAAGAAGAACAACACCCGGUUAGUAAUGUUCACAGUACAGUGUCGUUUUCGACACUCUCUGUUUUUUCAUUUUUUUUUUUUUUGCUCUCAUUUUCCUCUUCAGUUAUUUACUCGCUUUGUUCUUUUACACACAUGUCCGUCAUUAAACGUCGAUCGUCGAUCGAAUCGGUCCCGUACUUCCGGUAAAUGGGUAACGGAAACAAGGAAAAACUAUGAACCAAAUGUGUGCGCCUUUCAUCUUUAUUUAUUCAUUCGAUCUGUUUCUGUUUUUGUACGCGUGUCGAUCGUCGAUCGAGUCGGUUCGGUACUUCCGGUAAAGGCUGACGAAUAUUAUUCCGAUUUCCGCAAAAACAAGCAAUUUGGCCAAUUUUUGUCGCGUUGUGUGUCUAUCGAGAUGAGUUUCGGUGUUAGUCACGAUUAGUUUGGUACACGUUAAUUGUGCGUUUACACGGUACAAGAUUAAUUAACGAGCAAAGAAAGAAACGAGAGGUCGCGUUACGUUCAGAUACAUAUAUGUUUUAUUUCUGAUCAAAAUCGUAUCGAUUUUACAUAUAUUCGUGAUUGUUUUAUUUCGAUUUCAAAGAUAUUCACGAUUCGUUUCUUCUUUUAUAUUCACGCCAACACGCUGAAAGAAACGAAACAAUUUUUUCCACUACGCGUAAGCAGAAAAAAAAAAACACUCCCACACGCAUAAUCCAUAAAUGGA